AUGACUUCCACACUCCUAGAAAUCGGGGGAUCCUGGGAGGAAAGAUGGAUACAUAUGCGGAGCUUGUUGCAAGGAUAUAAAAGGGUCUGGCUUGGUAUAACGGACUUCCUCAUAGACGGGGUGUUUCUUUCUGCCUCUACUGCAAGCAGAGUUUACUACACCAGUUGGAAAUCUGGCCAGCCUGACGGCGGGCAACUGGAAAGCUGUGGGAUGUUUGAACCGGCAGAAGGAGUGUGGAGUAAACACAUCAGGUUGAUGCCAAAGAAUGGGACAUGGAGCGACACGUCAUGUGACGGACAGUUAGAGUUUGUUUGUGAAAAGAAAGGAUCGCGGAGAUGGAGACCUAUGUGUCCGAGAUAUAAAAAGAUAUUAAAACUCUUUCCUUGA